AUGAAUGACAAACUUACUGACAGAGAUACAAUCGUAGCAGAUAUUGUAUCAGCUAUGACAGAGUCGGUGCCCUCUGUGGAGAGGGUGGAGCUUUCGGAAGCCCUCGGGAAGGUGGAUGCUCUUAACGGCCUACUCCAUCAUGGGGACCCUCCCAGCAUCGAGGGUAUGUCGCUCUCCAUUCAGUAUCAGGUGAACUUUGACACUAAUUUUGAGGACAGGAAUGCUUACGUCACGGGGGUUGCUAGGUACAUUGAAGAAGCAACGGUCCAUGCUGAUAUGAACAAGCUGAUAGAAGAGGCACAGGAUUAUGCCGCCAUGCUUUAUACCUGGAGAUGCUGUUCCCGAGCAUUACCACAGAUUGCGAGCAAUGACCAGCAAAACCGAGAACAGAUCAACACGACGAUCAUAGAGGUUCUGGAACCACUCGUCUCUAAGCUGCUGGCUUUUAUGAAGUUCACAACUGAAAGCAUUAAAAAAUUUGGUGAGGAGAUAAAACGACUCUGUCACCCAGGACGGAAGAACGAUUUCAUUUCCGAGGCUUACCUUCUGACCAUAGGAAAGUUUAUCAACACCUUCGCCGAGCUCAACGACCUCACCAAUAUGAAAGCCAGUGUUAAGAAUGACUAUACGGCCUAUAGGAGAGCCAUACAAAGCUUAAGAAGGAUGAUGGAUCCACAGCAAAUGACAGAGUCCCAAAAUCUUUCCAUGUUCUUGGCGACUCAGAACAAAAUUCGGGACCUGCUGAAGGAAGCGCUAGAAACAACCCCUGGGUACGAGGAGCUACUGGCUGACGUCGUUAAUAACUCGGUACACAUGUACGAAAACCGCCUCUUUCUAGAACCUGGAGAGAAAAGCAUGUUAGUUAAGGUGAUUGCAUUUGGACUGUUUCUUAUGGACAGUAAAGACAACAGCAUUUACAAAAUGGACAGUAAAAAGAGGAUCAAUCUGUCAAAAAUAGACAAAAUUUUAAAGCAAAUGGAGGUUGUCCCUCUGUAUGGUGAUAUGCAAAUGAAACCUUACUCCUACAUUAUGAAGAGCGUGAACUUUGACUCCUCAAAGUGGAACCAUUGUGAAUCGAACCAGCCGAGUCAGCAGUCUCAGAUACUGCCCAGUCUACAGGCGCUGAGGGAUAGUCAUACGGAAUACGUAUCAGAAUUAGCUCGGAGGAGCAAUGAAAGAAUGACCACGUCGGCUAAAUCAGCACGGACUGACGAAGAAAACAAGGAGAUGUAUGACUUAGCCCUGCGUGGUCUGACCAACAUGUCGUCAUGGACACAGAGGGUCAUGGAGUUGUACUGCUGGAAGUUACUGAAUCCUACUGACCACCACAUGAACCCGGAAUGUCCCCAAGAUUCAGAAGAAUAUGAACGAUCGACCCGAUAUAACUACAGUAAGGAUGAAAAGUUUGCCAUUGUGGAAGUGAUCGCCAUGAUUAAGGGGCUACAACUCCUGAUGGCCAGGAUGGAGUCCGUGUUUCUGGACGCCAUCAGAAGGCACAUUUAUGCUGCUUUACAAGAUUUUGCGCAGAUUUUUCUGCGAGAGCCACUAAGACGGGCAGUUAAGAAGAAAAAUGAUCUUAUUAAAAUGGUGAUUAUUUCGGUUCGGGAUUCAUGCGUGGAUUGGAAGGAUGGCGUAGAACCAGUAGGUGACCCUGCGUCCAAGGGGAAAAAAGACCCGGAUACAGGGUUCAGCAUACAAGCUCCCCGUAAAAAUGUGGCACCCUCAGCCACCCAGUUGUACAUGGUGAGAACAAUGCUGGAGUCGAUUACAGACAGGAGUGCCGUAGGAGUAAAGAGGUCAUUGAAGAAGGAACUAGAUCCCAAUCACGUGACUGCCAUCAACCAGUUCCUAAAGCAGUCCUCUUACUGGAAUUACUUACUUAAUUUCAACAAGUCCCUCCAUGCUUGUGGUGAUCUUUCUCAGUUAUGGUUCAGAGAAUAUUUCCUGGAGAUGACCAUGGGUCAAAGAAUACAGUUUCCAAUUGAUAUGUCCAUGCCUUGGAUUCUUACAGACCACAUCCUGGAAACCAAAGACCCUUCAAUGAUGGAGUAUAUUUUGUAUCCUCUGGAUUUAUACAAUGACAGUGGUCAAUACGCCAUCAUGAAAUUCCACAAACAAUUCCUGUAUGAUGAAGUCGAGGCAGAGGUAAAUUUGUGCUUUGAUCAGUUUGUCUACAAACUGAGCGAACAGAUUUUUGCCUACUACAAACACCUAGCAGGCAGCAUAAUGUUAGACAAGACUUUUCGGGCAGAGUGUGCCAAAAAAGGACACAAAAUUCCGUACCCUACAGCCAACAGGUAUCAUACCCUGUUACGGCAACAGGAAGUACAGAUUCUGGGUCGUUCCAUUGAUCUCAAGCACUUGAUUGGUCAACGUAUCAACGCAUCACUCCAGAGAGCCCUGGACAUUGCUAUAGCGAGGUUCGAGGCUAGCGAUUUAACAGGCAUCUUGGAACUCGAGAAACUUAUCAAGUGCAAUAAAUUGGCUCAUAAACUGAUGAAAGACUUUAUUCCAUUGGAUAACUUUGAUAGCAUGCUACAUGAAGCUGACAACAAGGUCUCCAGUCCAUUUGGACGAAUUACUCUCCAUGUGUUCUGGGAAAUCAGCUAUGAUUUCUUAACGCAUUACUGUUACAAUGCAGCAACUAAUAGGUUUAUAAAGGCCACUUAUCUGAUUGCUGAUCAGUGUGAACGUGAGAAAGCACCCAGUUCCUCCCACACUUUAACGUGGGGAUCCAAGGAACUGUCAGUGGCAUUUGCAAGCAUUUUCAAACCAUAUCAAGGUUUUAUAGGUCUGCCUCACUUUCAGUCUGUUUGUCGUCUCCUUGGUUACCAGGGAAUUUCUCUUGUGAUAGAGGAAAUAGUCAAGGUUGUUGAAACUAAUUUGAAGGGUACAUUGAUGGAUUACGUUCAGACGUUGCUCUCGGGGAUGCCACCGGUCUGCAAGUUACAACUGUAUGCAUACGGAUCUCCAGCUAUAAUGGAAUAUUAUCAUGAAAUGUUAUCUGGCGUCAUUCAGUAUCCGGAUUUGCGCACAGAUGUCUUUCAAAGUUUCCGUGAAAUUGGCAAUGCCAUACUUUUAACUUUACUCAUGGAACAAUCACUGGUUCAGGAAGAGAUAUUAGACCUGAAACAGGCUGCUCCUUUUCAGAAUGUUAUUCCCAAACCAUUCGUUCCAAUUAAAGAGGGUGAUGAUCGUAAACAGAAGGAACAGGAACUCAGAGAGAAGUUAAACAAGUUAGAGGUCAAGUAUGCCUCCCAACAGAUUGUCCCGGUCAUCAACAGGCACGGAAGUUCCCAGCAAAAACUGCUUGUUGCUUCAAGUGAUUUAUUGACCAAAGAACGGUUGUGUUGCGGUCUUUCCAUGUUUGAAGUUGUCCUCAACAAAAUCAGAGCAUUCUUAGACAGUGAUAUAUGGCAUGGGCAACAUCCCAAAAAUGGAGUGAUAAAUAUAGACGAAUGUACAGAGUUCCAUCGACUCUGGAGUGCCAUACAAUUCGUGUACUGUAUGCCAGUCAGGGAAAACGAGUACUCGGUCGAAGAAUUAUUUGGGGAGGGACUGAACUGGGCUGGAUGCGCCCUUAUUGUCCUGUUGUCACAGCAACGUAGAUUUGAGGCUUUAGAUUUCUGUUACCAUCUCCUUAAAGUCAACCGUGUAGACAAGAAGGACGGUACCGUGAAAGGCCAUCAAUUGUCUAAAGUGACAGGUCGCAUAAGAAGGUUUGAGAUAUUAAACAACCAGAUCUUUGCAAUUUUCAACAAAUACCUGAAAACAGACGAAAAUACAGAGAAUGUUAUGGAGAAUGUCCGAUGCUUUUCACCGCCGAUCCACCAGUCCUGUAUUAACAAUUUUAUAGAUUCUAAAAUCAAACAGUCAAUACCUCUGAAGGAAGGAACAGACACAUACAACACUUGGUUGGAUCCUCCAGUCCCGAUCUACUUUCAGAUCUAUGUACAAGAUCUAAAGAACCCCAUAGAGGUCGUCAAACAUGGCGCCAAACCAUCCUUUGUAGAGAAAGGACCAUACACUUAUAGGGAACAUAGGAAAAAGUGGCAGAUAACUCAUUUUGAUAAUGGAACACUCUCAUACAGAGAAAAUAGGAGCUUUGUGUUUGAUCUGGAGAAGUCAGUGGGUCCACAUGAGGAAAAUUUCACCACUGUUAAUCUCAUCAUGGUGACUAUAGCUGAUAUUAUUAGAAGAGAAUAUUCCUGGAUUCAGGAGCUGGUAGAAAUAGUGCUCGAUUGGGGAGAUGACAGUAACCUUUUCACAACCUUGUCUGUCAAGGACAUCAUGUGGGGUUACGAGGAUCCAUUACUGAAAAAGAUCAAGGCCAUUGUGCAAAAAUACAUCAAUACUACUGAAUUUGAUGACAAAUUUGGUUUGUUUUACAAGCAAAAUGGUACAGAUGAUGGGUUGUAUACCAUAUACUCCGGAACAAAGUCAUGGGAAAAUUUUAAUGAAAUUCAGCUGUGGAAUAAAGAAAAGACUGUUCCCUUCUGGAGUACACGCACAUGCAAUAUGAUAAAUGGAACAGAUGGGACAAUUUUUCCACCUUUUGAAGAUAAAGGCAAAACUUUGUACAUUUUUUCUUCUGACAUUUGCAGAUCUAUAUACACUGUGUAUCAGAAAGAGGUGAAACUUAAGGGCAUUGAUCUGCUAAGAUUUGCUGUUCCACCCAGAGUUUUUCUCAACCACAAACUGAACCCAGAUAAUGAGGGAUUCUGUACCCGCCCUGAUCUCUGUCUGCCCUCAGGACUCCUCAAUGUCAGCACCUGUAGACAAGGAGCUCCAGUCAUCAUGUCCCAGCCUCACUUCCUAGCUGCUGAUAAGAAGUUAGUACAGGAUCAGGUCAUCGGAUUAACUCCGGAUCCAGAACAACACGGAACAGUUCUGGAUGUAGAACCUUUAACUGGAGUGGUAAUGAAUGCUCAGAAAAGGCUGCAGUUAAAUGUCUACAUAAGAAAUGUGUCCCACAUCAGAGAUACAGCUAACAUAAAUCACAUAUACUAUCCAGUUCUGUGGCUAAAUGAGAGUGCUGUGAUUGAUGAUAAGAGUGCUGACAAAUUUAAGAAAGAAGUGAUGACUCCUAUCAAGCUAACAGAAGCUGUGGAGUAUGGACUGAUUGUUUUGGGGGCCUUCAUGAUUAUUUGCACAGUAGCUCUGUUUAUUAAGCAAAGAGUGUCUAGCAAGCCUGAAGAGGACCUUGAGGAUAUUCAUCACGGAACCAACACAUCUGAUAAAGAACCCAUACUCAACUGAAGUCACAAAACAACUGUUCCCACUUACAAAAGCUCAUAUUUGCCUUAAUCCUUGAUAAUACAAGGAAGUUUUACUGUGCUAUUUUGAAUCAAAAUAUCUUCUUUGUCAUGUUAUGCUAAUGAGAAACUGUUCUUGCAUGUACAUCACUGUGAUACAGAGAGUAGAACAUGCUCUAAUGUACUAUGUCUAUAUUGUAUGUAGAUUGUUAUGAACGAUUCAUUUUUAGAUGAAUGUCAGGGCUUCCUCAAGUAAUUGUAUGGAGUUUGGUUCAUUACACAAAUUAUCACCAAUCAGUUACAUAUAUUUCUUAUUUAUGAUUGUGAUGUGCAGUUCAGCAAAGAUGAAUACUUUUUAUCACAGACCUGAUAAAUUAGAGUCAUAAAUUGUUCAUUAGGGUAUUCAAAUCUUUCUCUCCUUCUUGUUACUUUUCAUUGAGGAGAUUUCUUUACUGCUCAGAUAAUGGUGAAAUUUAUUGCAUAUUUGUUGAAUAAUUAGUUUUGGAUUAUUUUAAAAAUUAAUCAGUAUAUUUGAACAGAUUUGGCUUAAGUUUUCAUCAAUAUUUCACUCUCCACAAUGCUGAGUGACAAAUUUGUCAUACAGAUUACUAGUAAUAUCUUUUGAUAAACUAAAAAAAAAGAUUGAAUUUGGUGCUGAAGUUCAUCAUUGUUUGUUGUGCGCGUGUUUUUAAACAUGUUGAACUUUCCAAUUUUAUGUAGAUGUCCAUGACAUAUUGCUGCACUUGCUGAAAGAAGAUUUAUAUGCUUGAAGUUUUUUUCUGAUCAAAACUAAUUUUUUUAUUUGCAGAUGUGUUUAGUUAUGUAUAAUUAAUAGGAGCUUUUAUAGAUUCACAUAAGUUAUACAAAAGACAUAUCAUUACAUCUGUUACAUUUCCAAAUGCAUGUAACCAUGGCUUUAUUUUAAACAGAGGUGAAUGAAGCAUUAAAUAAAGCUUUGAUUCUCUUUUUUCUUUUUAUCAAAACCAUGACUUUUGACUAAUUAAUAUAACCAGCUCCUUGUAUGGAAUAACUGUGCUCUUUUAUAACUUCAUAGAUAACAUCAACAUUGUCAAUCAUACAUUCUUUGAGACGAAAAAUGUAGUUGGAUAAUGUAAAUUUAAAGAUUUUUCACAGAACCAAAACAAUUUUUAGAGAUUGUAUAUACUGUAUGAUGUGUUACAUUUUACAGAUAUGAUUCAGAUAAACCUCUAUGAAAUGAAUCAAAUGAUUUUAAUGAAACUAGUUGAAAGUAUGCAAUUAUUCUUGUUUUAUUUUCAAGAGAUUGUUACGAAUAUACUCUAUACACCUUGUAAUAAUUUACUCUAGUAAAUACUGCUUUUUGUGACAUUCUAGUCGAUAUGAUAUUAAUUUUUUUUUAAAGUUACAUGUAAUUUACAUGUAUACAGGAAAAAUUAAGGGAAUGUAAAAUUUAUUUCAUAAUAUUAUAGGUAAAGAAAAUUGUCAGAGUCAUGUUCUUGAAAGAAAAUUCCAAGGAUUUUUUUCAUUCCUUAUACAAGGAAGUGUUUCAUUUUUUUGCGGUACUAUUCCUGUUUAGUGAGUUUUUAAGUUUGUAUUUUUAAAGGAAAAUUAAGAAAUUAAGAAAUCUUUGUGCAUGUCCAUUUUAUAUAUGUUUUAUAUGAUCAUUUUGAUGAAUGAUACAUAAAUACUGCUGCUGCCUAUAAUAUUAAAGAUGUCAUAAAUAAACAUCAGCUACAAGGCAUUCUGAAAAUUGA